ACAUAAAUUGUACUGUAAAGAUUGUCAUUGUAUUAGCUUAUUACGGUGUAACAUAAUAUAAUUUAAUAAAAUUGUUUUACUAGAAAAAUGUAUAGAGUGGUUAUUUUAUUGUUGUUGUCACCUGCGCACGCGCAGCUCAAUCUUGAUAAAGCAUGUAAUUUCACAGGGUUAAGAACUACAUCUUUUGAUGUAUCAACUAUAGCAGGAAGAUGGUAUCAGUUAGAAAGAAUCGAGAACACCUUUGAGUCUGGUGACUGCUCGACCACCACCUUCACAGUCAUCUUGUCAAGUCAAAUCCUCUCAGGACUUGAGUUCUCCAGCAGGGAAGUGGCUGGUGGUAAAUUGGUCUACAGAAAUGCAUCUGUUUCGCUUAGUAGUACUAGUAGUAGUAUAUUUGGCGUGCUGAACUUUACGUUUACUGGUGGUGAUUCUUACGAUUAUUUGAUAAUGCCUGUUACUUAUUAUGAACAACAAAGUAUGGUAUUGUACAGCUGCCAGAAUACGGAUGGGAACACGAGUUCAGUAUGGGCGUGGAAACUAGGGAAAACCCAGUCACCUUCACCAGAACUUAAGAUUGCGACUGAGAAGCUAAUAGCAGGUGUUAAAGAUUUAUCUAAUGCUACUUGGAGGACGACCUCGUUUAGUGAGACAGCCUGCCAAGUCAAUGGCGGAGUGAACCUUUAUAUUUUUUCUCCUUUCGUCAUGCUAAUUAUAGUAUCGGUCCCUGUAAUCAGAAAUAGAGAAAAUGGAUAUAAAUAUCUAGCAGCUAGGUUCACGUGAUUAGUCGAAGUAUGAUAGAGUCUAGUCUAGAUAUUAAUUGGUAUAUCACUCACAAUAGAUGUUUUAAA